AUGUCCAACACGGUCGAGGACGAUGGCCUCCAGGGGCAAAGUGUGCUGGAUCGGAUUAGCUCGCUCCUUAACGGUGGCUCAUCCGGUUCGUCGAACGGAGCGCCCGGCGGUACUUCGGCACCUCCGUCCGGUUCGCUCGUGCUGGAGGACAUCUCCCAAACGCGCACCGUUCACGAGGAAGAGAUACUUCUGAUCAAUGGGAUACCGGUACGGUUGCCGGCGGAAAACUCCGACCACAGUACGACGAGCGACGGGACGGACGAUGAUGCCGUCUCGAUACGGGAUGCAUUGCGGGCGGGCGAAAUUCCUUCCAUACUGGUGCUGAACCGUAUUAUCGAGAAGCUGCACCGGAACAAUGCCGGUACGGGUAUGGUGGUGGCCGUCGAAACCUCGCUGACCGUAUCGAACUGUCGCAAAACGACGGAAACUUGUGUGGUGCAACCGAUACCGACCGGACGGGUCGGUGACCCGGUAGUCAACCCGUGGGAGGUGACGGAGGAACGGGUCGAGAAGCAGCUGUACAACAGCCGGACGGUCGAGAUGUGCGAAGGGUACCGGGGGGUGGUGGAUGGUGGUAGCGCACCGAGUCAAAAGCAUUGCUGGCCAAGCGGUAGCGUCGAUUCCGGCCAGUGGACCGAAACGGACGCACCGGAAGUAAAGCAAGCAGCGGAUUCUCUCUACACGAAAGCGGACGAUCUGCUCCUUCACUACACCGAAGGGAACCUAAUAUCCGGCUCGCUGGACGGUUUGCUGACCCAUUUUACACCCACCGGCACCUACAUUCCGGACCGUUCGUUCAUCUUCACCUUUCUGCUUGCCGCUCGCCAGUUUUUGCGCCCGGACGAAAUACUCGAGAAAACGCUCCGGGCAGCGGCCACGAACGGUGGUGGCACCGGCAAUCUGCCCCAUCUGUUGGCCGCCUGGAUGAAUGACUUUCCGUACGACUUUCGGGACGAGCGUAUGAUGCGGCUGGUGCGCACCUUUACCGAGCAGCAAACGUCCAACGCUGCCCACGAACCGGCGCCGGAACGUGGCACCAAACCCCCAAACCGGGGUUCGGUGCGCGAGCGAACCACACUGUCCCGUGCGUUGCGCCGUCUUGCCCACCAGCUGGCCCGGCUGGAAAAGUACGAGCUGGAGAAGAGCAAUCUGCAGCAGCUAAAGUAUGCACCCGACGACUGGAAAACGGCCCCAUCGUUGGUAGAGCUGGCCAGCGGUUCGCCCGUACUGAUGGCCAACACGCUGACCGCGAUCGAAGCGGAACGAUUUUCCUUUAUCGGGCCGGAAGAAUUUUUUCCUUCGUGCGGUGGUUCGGGCGUUCGAACCGGCACCGGAAGCAAUCUGCUCGCGUACGUCCAGUGGUACAAUCGGUUGACGUACGUGGUCGCGACGGACAUUUUGCGCUCGCCGCGCAAACGGCACCGUGCCCGGGCGGUCGAGUUUUGGAUCGAAACCGGACGGGAAUGCUUUAACCGGGGCAACUUUAACAGUCUCAUGGCCAUCAUCGCUACCCUUACUGGCGGUCCGAUUGGACGUUUAAAGAAAACGUGGACAAAGGUUACAUCGUCAUCGUCAUCGCUGCUGUCCGGUAUGACCUCGUCCAGCAUGAUCUCCAGUGCCAGCGGCAUCGGUAACAGCUCCUCCACGUGCAGCAGUGCGGCCGGCGGUGGCCGACAACAACUUGCCAUCCUCGAGCAUCAGGCCGACCCAACGAACAACUUCGCCACGUACCGUGCAACGCUGCAGGCAGCCGCCUGGCGCAGCUGUCCGUCCAGUUCCCGUUCCUCCUCAACGUCAUCCUCGAAGUCAUCGCAGCAAAACUCGUCCUGCUCGUCGGACGAUGGGCAGGGUACGACGAACGCGAAGAAAGGUUCCGCCGUCGCGGUGCUGCCGUUCUUUAGCUUACUGCUGAAAGAUUUACACUUCCUCAACGAAACAAGUGGUAGUUCGAUCCUCCCGAACGGGCACAUCAACUUCGACAAAUGGCGCCAGCUAGGCGAACGACUCACGGAGGUACGCCGCUGGCAGCGGCAAAGCAGCUAUCAGCGCCGCUGCCGUCUCGGACGUCGACACAAAACGGUCAACUCGGCCGAAGUCACAGCACUGCGGGAUGCGAUCGAGCGGGGCCCGAUAAUCGGUGACCGGGAAGCGAACGGUUCGCACGAAACAUCGAAAGCGGGCGCGACCCGUGACCAGACGGAUGCCGGUGCUAACGAUGAUGGGGAGCGUGGUGCGGCCGCCCUAGCGAAAGUGAGCUACGAGCGGGAAGCGCCGGAAGGUGCGGUCGAAAAGGCGCACUGGAAAUCAUUGCAACAGUAUCAUGCUUAA